GGUUCGUCUAUUGGCAGACGCCCAGCUGCAAUGAUCUCCUUCCUUAAUCAGGGCCUUGUGACACGGACACGACUUAUGAUUGUCGAAAUGUUUGAUAGCAACGCUGGCAGUAGGGCGGCAGCGUGGUGGAAAAUCGAAACACGUCGAUUGGGUUGCUGUCGCAAUCUCUUCGCCUUAGCUUGAUAACUCCAUAGAUCCGAGCGCCCAACUCUUCUCAAGUUGAUAGCAAUCAAUUACCAGAUUGAAUGCCGACGCUGCUGUCAGUGAUCCGAUGGGCUUCCUAGAGGGCGGUGUGCUUUGCGUACGCACCGCCUUGCUCGGAUGGUAUUCGAGAGACUUAGGUAAAACCCAUUACUCCUCCUACGCCUCUAUCAAGCCUUGCAGUGCAAGACAGUACCUGUUUUGUUUCUUGCGCUCUGAACAGUCUCUUCGCUUUCCAUCCCACGAACAGCUUCUAUAGGACGCUCGCAAUUCCCGAUGCUUUAGUGCUGAGUAGGUAAGCCACGAGGCAUAUUUGAUUGGAGGCCAGAGAUGAGAACAGGUCCAUCAUAUCACGAACGCCGUUUAUUUACCGCACAAAGACGACCACGGCGGAGGAUUGCAUCUGCACCAGGAUCAUAUAAAAACCAUGGUCGAGAGGGCGCUGAGGGGCAUUCCCGGCUCGCAGCACCCCUUCCUCUCCAUCCUCUUCUUCUUGGCCUCUCCUCCACGUCGUCUGCCAUGGCCCGCACUUCUGAGAAGACUCCUCUCGUAAAGAAGGAGGCUGAAAAGCUUCCUUUCCCUCUCGGCCUCGUCUCUCCUGGGGUCCGACCAUACUUGGAGCUUAUCCGCUUCCACAAGCCGACAGGAACGAUUCUCAUGUUCUGGCCAUUCGCAUGGGGCCUGACCAUGGCGGCGUACCAUACCGAACUUCCACUCAACCGGUAUUGGGUGGAGUUGGCCAAGUCUCUCUUCGCGGCCUUCAUUGUUCGCGGCUCUGCGUGCACCAUCAACGACAUCUUUGACCGCAAGUUUGAUGCUGGUGUCGAGAGGACCAAGGGGCGCCCUCUCGCCAGCGGCCGUGUAUCUGUUUUCGCCGCUGUUGUCUAUCUCAUCCUCCAAUACAUCGCCGGCCUUGUUGUAUAUGUAUCGUACAACGAAAUUGCGCUUUACGCAGCUGUUCUCCAGCUCCUUCCUCUUUUCUUGGUCUAUCCUCUCAUGAAGCGCAUCACCUACUGGCCACAGGCCUGGCUUGGGAUCUGCAUGAACUUUGGUCUCGUCGUUGCAUGGGCCGCAGUUACUGGCAGCCUUGACGCUCAGCUCUUGGGUGUUCUCAUGGUUGGUACCUGGGGAUGGACGAUGCACUAUGAUACCAUCUACGCGUGCCAGGACCGUCGCGACGAUGUCAAGGUUGGCGUCAAGUCCACUGCCGUGAUGCUCGGCGACUACGUUCGCCCCUUCUGCUUCGUCCUCUCCAUGAUGUUCGUCGGUACCCUCUACUACGCUGGUGUCCUCAACCACCAGACCCCCUACUACUUCUACAUCUCCGUCGGCGGGACUCUCCUCCACAUUCUCUGGCAAUACGCCACCGUCGACUUGGACUCGCCUGAUAGCUGCGGCUUGAAUUUCAUUCGCAACGGCCACAUGGGUUGGAUCACCUGGGCUGGCUUGAUGGUCGACUACCUCGUCAAAAUCGAUCAACUUCCCUUCCAGUUGCCUUUCUGAAGGAUUAUGUAUUGCAUUCGUCGUUAUCAUCGUUAUCAUCCCCGUCCUUUUCAUUCCGGACAAUCUCCAUAGAAGCUGUCUCUUAUUUAGCUAGAUGAUUGGGCUGCGGGCACCAGACCACGGAGAGGGUGACACUGCAGAGAACAGCAUUCGGGAUAUGUUCGAGCUGCAAUAUAUAAUAUAUUUCCCUCCGUUGCACGUUCGACGUGUUUGGCGCAUGUAUUGUGAUAUCAAUGCCUUUGGUCC